AAAAAGAAAGCCUAGAGAUUCUCUCUGCCUCACUCACUUGCGUAUUCUCCAAUUCAUUCCAUCUUAUUCCUAUCCUUAAACCACCCACCAUCACACUACAAUAAUAAGCAAUAAUUCUCCAUCAAAACCUCCCACUAACUCAACAAUUAAUGGCUUACCUCUUCAAAUCCAUAUCUGAGCAUAAGCUUUUCCCAUGUUCGUGUUUUCUUCACUUCCUCUGUUUUCUCAUUCUUGUGCUUACUCUUCCACAUUUUAGCCUUACAACAGUUCACGCCAACCAUUGCAGAAACUUCUGUGGCGCUAUUCCAAUAAACUACCCUUUUGGUAUCGAUGAUGGCUGUGGCAGUCCUUAUUACAGACACAUACUUGUUUGCUCCGAUUCAGGUAACCUCCAGCUUCGAACACCUUCAGGGAGAUACCAAGUACACAGCAUCAGCUACUCUGAUCCCCAUAUCAUAGUCUCUGAUCCAUUCAUGUGGAAUUGUCAAGACGGCAAUCACUUCAGACCGACUAGGCCUUUUAGCCUUGAUACAAGCACACGUUUCACACUUUCCUCUCAAAAUGACUAUCUUUUCUUCAACUGUAGCCAAGAGAAUGUGAUUGUUGAGCCCAAGCCUAUCUUCUGCGAGCGCUUUCCUGAUCAGUGUGAUUCAACAUGUGAUAGUGCAAGUUAUCUUUGCAGGCACCUGCCUGGAUGUGCUUCUGCAUUGGGUAGCAGUUCCUGCUGCGCUUACUACCCUAAAGCAACCGAAUCUUUGAGGAUGAUGCUCAAGUAUUGUGCUGGUUACACGAGCAUUUAUUGGAGAAAUGGUGGAAAUUCUCCUUAUGAUCAAGUCCCUGAGUAUGGGAUUAGGAUCGAUUUUGAUAUACCUAUGACUACCCAUUGCCUCGAGUGUCAAGACAUGAUGAAAGGAGGAGGAAUUUGUGGAUUUGACACACAAUCACAGAGUUUCUUGUGUCUAUGUAACCACAGAAAUGUUACCACUAAUUGUAAAGAUCAUGAAAAUUCUAGGCAGCAUAGCAGGGCAGGAGUUAUUGCAGGGACAGUUAGUGGAGUUUCAGCUGCUGGGGCCUUGGGAGUUGGGGCUGGCAUAUGGUUUUGGAAAAAAGUGAGAGCUAAAGCACCAGUAACAUGUGGGGUUCAGAGCAAUGAGAACAGGCUAUUCUGAUGAAACCCAUAACUAAAGCAAACACCAUAUACUUUUUCUUUCUCAUUUUAUGAAUUGCUUUGUUGCUGUUAAUUUAACAAGCCUCCGUUAAACUUGAUUCGAUGCUUGAUUGGAGAGCCCAAGAUUAGUCUCCAUGGGAGUUAUUCUUCAUUAAUUGGAAUAGCAGCUUUUUGAUGGUACUCAA